AUGCAAAGGCAAUGCUCGAAUGGCGGACAUAAAGAGUACAUGGAGAAGUACUGGAUAAUUAUCGAAGUUGUUGAUCUCUUGAGCAGGAAGGAACUGAUGGACUAUUUACGAGCUGAGAAAUUUGAUGCGUAUUUUGGUGAACAAAUCAAUUUUUGUGGAAACGGACUGGCUCAUGUGCUGGGGAUCAAAUCUCAUUUUUGGGUGUCCAGUUGCCCAAUCAGCGAUUACAUGGCUUGGGUGCUGGGAAUUCCUCAGCCCUCGUCAUAUAUUCCGUCAUUGAUGGGUAUGGAUAUCACACAUAGGCCGAGUUAUUUGGAAAGGGUACAAAAUGUUUGGUCGACGUUUCUUUACGUUUACUACACCCGGAAAAGUACUCUUGAAGCUACUGAGAUGUUCCGUCGACGAUACGGUGCCGACUUUCCAAGUUUGGAAGAAAUCGCUGCUGACUCCGAUGUGGUGUUCGUGUCUACGGACGAGUUUGUUGAUUUACCUCGUCCCACGCUUCCUCAUAUAGUCCACAUGGAGGACUGGGAGUGGGGGACGCUU